AUAACGAUGACGACAGUGACGGAGCGCCGCAUCGUGCGGGAGGCCACCGCCUCCGGCUCCGCCGCCGCCGCCGACGCCGACGCCGCCCCCGCACAACCUCCGGGCAUCCUGAAGGGCAGCAAGAUCAGGUGCGAGGGCUGCGAUGCGGCCAUGGCGGCAGGGGGCCAGGGUUCGAUGCUGGAAGGACCCGCAGGAGAAAAUGGCGACAGCAGCGAGGUGCGGCGCACGGUGCGCUUCUCCGAGAGCACAGUGCUGCCCCCGGACUCGCCGCUGCUGCCUCCGCCCCCGGAGAUGAUCACGCCGCCCCCCAUCCCGACGCCGGACUCGGCCACCAGCGACGACGGCGGCGGCGCCGGGGGCGGCGUCACGAAGUUCUUCCCGUCGUCGCCGCCCCCAGUCCCAGUGACCAUCCCGCCGCCCCCAGAGGAGGAACUGGCCGUGGAGGCGGUGGAGGCGGUAUGA